GGGGGGGGGGGGGGGGGGGAAUCCCAGAGCAGAGUACCGAACACCUGCGAGAACAGGAGCAGGCGGCGCGGCAGCAUCAUCUACCGAUCCGAUCCAUCCAUCGAUCCCGUCGCGCACCAAUCCCAAGGCCACGCCGCCUCCUCGUCCGGCCCUCUGCCCCGCUGUACUCGCUUGUACACACGAGCGCCCUGCUCACUGCCGCUACAGCUCGGUUGGUGAACCUAAAGAGGAACCGCUAGAGAGAGAGAGGACGCCAUCAUCGCCCCGGAAAAGGCGAAGGCAGCAGAGCAGCGGAGAUCAUCACCACCAUCGUCAUCACUCUGCUCCAUCGCCCGCCCACGUACGCCGGCGACCGCGGCGGAGGCGCUCCCCGAGGCGGGUGGCACAAAAGUCAGCACCCCUAUCCCGCGAUCCGCUCGCCCCGGGCGCGGCGGAGCCGCGACGCGCGGACCCACCCGUCCGCCCGUCCGCCGGCGCUCCCACCCUCCGACGCGCGCAGGUCAACGCCCGCGGCGGCCGGCGAUCCGAUGGGGUCGUUCAAGGGCCACGUGCUGCCCGGCACGCUGUUCCUCCUCGUGGGGCUGUGGCGGGUCUGGUCCUCGGCGUCGCGCUUCGCCGCCGCGCCGUCCGCCUUCCGCGUCCGCGCCUGGAACCCCGUCCCCUGCUCCCCCUCCUCCCCGUCGUCCCCGCUGCGGCUGCUCGAGCUCUACGUGAUCGCCGCCGGCGCCUUCGCGGACAUGUGCGUCGAGGUGCUCUACUCCACGCACCUCCGCAUCUUCGCCGGCGGGGGGGUCAACCCCGCCCACCUCAACGACCUCGAGCACGGCGGCAUGCUCCUCAUGUUCUUCCUCUUCGGUGCCCUCGCGCUCGCCUCCCAGCUCAAGCCCAGGUACCUGCCCUUGACCGAUGGCAUCCUGUGCCUGGUGGCGGCGACGGCGUUCACCGCGGAGUUCGUUCUCUUCUACUUCCACUCCACCACCCACAUGGGCCUGGAGGGCUACUACCACUACCUCCUCGUCGUCCUCGUCGGCCUCUGCAUCGCCGCCACCGUCCUCGGCGCGCUCCUGCCGGGGAGCUUCCCGGUCGACCUCGCCUCCGGCGUCCUCAUCGCCCUGCAGGGCCUCUGGUUCUACCAGACGGCGUUCACGCUGUACGGGCCCAUGCUCCCCAGGGGCUGCGCCCGAGACGCCGACGGCCACGUCGAGUGCCGCGCGCGCGCCGCGCAGGAGCGCGCCGAGCAGCUCGCCAACUUCCAGCUGUUCGGGCUCGUGUUCCUGGCCUUCGUGUACGUGCUCGUGUGCUACGCCGUCGCCGCGGCGAGGUGCGGGCACCCGGACCUGGCGGCGAUGCACGGCGAGCACGUCGCCGCGAUGGAGGGUGACGCUGGCGGCGCCGGCGCCGGGGGCGCUCAGGAGGAGUGCGCGAUCUAGUGGCCGCAGCUGCUGCUCUUUUUUCUUGGAUUUGGUAUAGGAGUACAUGAUCAGGAGUGGCUGGGCCGUUCAGGGUUUUCAGACUUGAUAGCUCGGCUUACUGUAGGGACUGUACAUUUUGGGAUUAGUUAAAUGGAGAUUACCAGAGGCUUUUCUCGCCUGAAUUUACAAAGGUUUCAUGAGUUGCUUAACUUGAUUUGUAACGGUCACUGAUUUUUGUAUGCUUGUUACAUGAGGAAUAGAAUAAGAGGACAGUUCUUUGUUGAU